CUUUCCGCCUCUCUCCGUGAGCCUUCGGCCACUCCCGCCACUCCUCGGUGCCUCUCGGCAGUUUCCGCCCGUUACCGGGGUAACGCGGCGCAUCGCGGGGCGGCCGCGGCCUGUGGUUUGCAGUUGUCAUGGCUGUGUAUGUGGAUCAUCGGAUGGACACUCCCGAUUCCGUUGCCUCCCCUUCCCUCAUUGCGUGGCACCCACUUCACCCGCUCCUGGCAGUUGCUUCCAUCAGCACAGCAGCUGGGGGCUGUGUGGAUGUCUACCUGGAACAGGGAGAACAUGUGUCUGACUCACAUGUGGAGAGAAGCUUUCAGGUCACACUGCUUGCCUGGCACCCUUCCAGACCCAUCUUGGCAGCAGGAUGGGAGAUGGGAGAAGUGGUGGUGCUGAACAAACAAGAAAAGGAGCAGCACACUGUACCCCCAGACCACAGCACCAAAAUCACAGUCCUGAGCUGGAGCACGAGUGGUACCUGCCUCGUGUCUGGGGAUGAGCACGGUGUCCUGUUCCUGUGGAAGGUGGACCACCGAGGUCGAGUGCAGGGCCCUGCCCUGGUGAAGCAGGACUAUAGGAAAUGCCUGGGGCACUGUGUCUUUCGGCCACCCCCUCCUGGCCAGGACUUGGUACAGCUGGCAAAAGCAGCUGUGAGUGGUGAUGAGAAGGCCUUGGAUAUGUUUAACUGGAGGAAAGCUGGAAAGGGAUCCCCCCUGAAAAUGGCAGUCCAGGAAGGACUCUCUUUCUUUAUCACUUUGACAGAUGGUUCUGUGCACUACGUGAAUGAGAAAGGAAAGACAAGGCAGGUGCUGUCCACUGACAGUCUGGUCCGAAAGCUCCUAUUGCUGGAGGAAAGAGAUAUUUUACUUGUAAUAACAGAGAACUUGCAGUUGUCCCUGUAUGCACUUAGCCCUGAGGGAGAGGCAGACGAGCUCAUGAAGGUGAAGUUGAGUGGGAAGACUGCUCAUUCUGCAGACAUCAUUCUAAUAGACCAUAGCCUGGUUGUUACAGCACUAGGUGAGACAGUCAUCAGGUUCUGGGAUUUGGACCGAGAUGAGAACUAUGUGCUCUCCCCAGAUGUGCAGUUUGGCUUUGAAGCAGGAGAAUGUAUUAACUGUGUGUCUUACUGCAGUGCUAAAGGGCUCUUGGCCGCUGGGACAAGCAAAGGGAGAGUGGCGAUGUGGAGGAAAACAGCAGGAUCCAACCAGAGCACACGGGCUUUGGAGGGCAAGGAGAAGUGGAAGUUCCAGGCAUCCACAGAACUUGAGGGAAAUGUCACUCAGAUAAAGUGGGGCUCCCGAAAAAACCUGCUGGCAGUGAACAGCCUGAGCUCCGUGGUGAUCCUCAGCGAACAGGCCAUGUCAGCGCAUUUUCAUCAGCAGGUGGCCGUGGUUCAGGUGUCUCCCAACCUGUUCAAUGUGACCACCUUCAGCACAGGAGCCACGCACAGCCUCCGUGUUGAUAUGAAUGUUAAUGGAGUCUUUGCUACUAAGGAUGCUCUAGUAUUCUGGAAUGGGAAGCAGGUGAUUGUCUUUGAGUGUUCAGGAGAUACCUUCAGAAGUGCAGGCUCUUUUCCUUGUGACUCUCCAGUUCUAUCUGUGCAUGGAGAAAAUCUGUACACGGUGGAGCCGUAUCGGGUCCAGGUCCGCACCUGGCAGGGCACAGUUAAGCAGCUGCUGGUGUUCUCUGAAGCAGAGGGCAGUCCAUGCCUCCUGGAUGUCUGUGGGAAUUUCCUGGCUGUGGGAACUGAUUUGGCUCACUUGAAAAUCUUCGAUCUCUCGCGCAGAGAGGCUAAAGUGCACUGCAACAGCAAGGACUUAUCCCAGCUGCUCCCUGGCCGUGGGAGCAUCUCGUCUGUCAAGUGCAAUGCCAAUGGCAGCAAAGUCAGCAUCCUGCUCAGCAAGGCAGAUGGGAACAUUGAUUCCAAGAUUUGUUUCUUUGAUGUUGACAUGGACAAAGUUACGGUCUUUGAUUUCAAGGCUGAACAGGAAGAUGGUGGAGAGAAGCUUUUUACUGGACAAGGCAUUGGCAAGUCUGUAGUGGAGUAUCCAGAGCUGCACAAUCACAUCCCUGCUUGCCAUUUCUGGGACCAGUAUGAACCAAGGCUUUUUGUAUGUGAAGCAAUUCCUGAAACAGGACUCCAGUCUUCAGACCAGAAGAAAAACCAGGCUGAGAGCACCAUGGAUGUUUGGAUUAUAUCAUUCUUCAGCACUGAAGAGCAUGGCCUUUUGCUGCAGGACAGCUUUCCAUUGCCUUCAUCCUAUGAGGUUCUACUGGGCAUAGAGGUGCCACAUUAUUACUUUGCAAAAAAGCUGGGAGAUGCUGAGAACGGAGCACCAGAGCCUGGCUCAGCUACGGUCUCUCAGAUGGCUGCAAGGAGACCCAUGAGAGAUUUUAUUGGCUUGGGAGACUGUGAUAAGACCACCCAGGAUGCCAUGCUGAACUUCAGCUUCUAUCUGACCACUGGAGACAUGGAUGAGGCCUUCAAAUCCAUCAAGCUGAUAAAAAGCGAGGCAGUCUGGGAGAGCAUGGCCCGCAUGUGUGUGAGGACUCAGAGGCUCGACGUUGCCAAAAUCUGCCUGGGGCACAUGGGCCACGCCAGAGGAGCCAAGGCACUGCGGGAGGCGGAGCAGGAGCCGGAGCCCGAGGCCAGGGUGGCGGUGCUAGCCAUCCAGCUGGGAAUGCUGGAGGAUGCGGAGCGACUCUACAAGGCCUGCGGACGGUUCGACCUCCUGAAUAAGUUCUACCAGGCCUCCAACCAGUGGCAGAAGGCCCUGGAAACGGCCGAGGCCCAGGACCGGGUCCACCUGCGCACCACCCACUGCAACUAUGCCAAGCACCUGGAGGCGGCGGGGGAGCAGAGCCUGGCACUCACCCACUAUGAGAAGUCAGACACACACAGGUUCGAGGUGCCCCGAAUGCUCUCUGAAGACUUACAAGCCCUGGAGAACUACGUCAACAAGAUGAAAGACAAGAGCCUGUGGAAGUGGUGGGCGCAGUACCUGGAGAGCCAGUCAGACCUGGAGUCCGCGCUACAAUACUAUGCACUGGCUCAGGAUUACUUCUCCCUCGUCCGUGUCCACUGCUUUCAGGGCAACCUUCAGAAGGCCGCCGAGAUUGCCAACGAGACGGGGAGCUGGGCAGCCUCCUACCACCUGGCGCGGCAGUACGAGAGCCAGGAGGACAUCAGGCAGGCCGUGCACUUCUACACCCGGGCACAGGCCUUCAACAACGCCAUCCGCCUCUGCAAGGCAAACAAUUUAGAUGAUCAGCUGAUGAACCUGGCUCUCCUGAGCUCGCCAGAAGACAUGAUAGAGGCAGCCUGCUAUUACGAGGAAAAGGGGGAGCAGAUGGACAGAGCUGUCAUGUUAUACCACAAGGCAGGACACUUCUCCAAAGCCCUGGAGCUGGCCUUUGCCACGCAGCAGUUCGGGGCCCUGCAGCUCAUUGCUGAGGACCUGGACGAGAAGUCAGACCCGGCCCUGCUCGCCCGCUGCUCCAAGUUCUUCGUGGAACACGCUCAGUAUGAGAAGGCAAUGGAGCUGCUGCUCACGGCCAAGAAGUACCACGAAGCUCUGCAGCUCUGCCUGGAGCAGAACCUGACCAUCACCGAGGAGCUGGCUGAGAAGAUGACAGUCUCCAAGGGCUCCCAGGAUCUCCCCGAGGAGGCUCGGAGGGAGCUGCUGGAGCAGAUUGCCGACUGCUGCAUGAGACAAGGCAACUACCACAUGGCCACCAAGAAAUACACACAAGCAGGAAACAAGUUAAAGGCUAUGAGGGCACUGCUGAAAUCUGGGGAUACAGAGAAAAUUGUCUUCUUUGCGGGAGUUUCCAGACAGAGAGAGAUUUAUAUCAUGGCAGCCAACUACCUGCAGUCGCUGGACUGGCGUAAGGACGCAAAGAUUAUUGCGAAUAUCAUCAGCUUCUACACUAAAGGCAGGGCCCUUGACCUCCUGGCAGGUUUCUAUGAUGCAUGUGCUCAGGUAGAGAUUGAUGAGUAUCAGAACUAUGAGAAAGCCCACAGAGCGCUGGCAGAAGCCUACAAGUGCCUUUCCAAGGCAAAGGCCAGAAGCCCUGUGGAACAGGAAAGCAAACUUGCCCACCUGCAGAGCAGGAUGACCCUGAUGAAGCGGUUCAUCCAUGCUCAGAGAGUUUACCCUGAGGACCCCAAGGAGGCAGUCAGGCAGUGUGAGCUGCUCCUGGCUGAGCAGGACUUCGAUGGCGCCCUCCGGCACGGCGAUGUCCUGGGAUUUCUGCUUCAGCAUUAUGCACAAGAGCAGGAAUUCCACACGGCUUACCGCUGCCUGGAAGAGAUGCAGAAGAGAAUUCCAGCCUCCCACCUGAGCUACUUCGUGUCCCCAGAGACCCUGGAGGCCGUGCUGCGAGGGGCAGGCGUGCCCAUGAGCCCAGCCCUGGCUCCAGUACACGCCGGCCACGGCAGCACGGACCACAGGGAGGUGGAAGAAGAAGUGGUUGAUGAAGUGGAGGACUCCUGA